CAUUAAUGCGGAUUAAGAAAAGUUCACCAAUGAGGAAGGGUGGGGAGAGAGAGAGACUGUUUACCUGUUUAUAGAUUUCAAUGUACUCGACUCAGGUCAGACGAAGAAAAAAUCUUUCUAGAUAUAUCUGCUUCCAUGUCAUUGAACACACCCUACAGCAGCACCCAGUUGGCGGUAAGUGUCAACAGUUAUUUCUUUUAAGCUGACAAAGUAUUGGGUAGUUCGAGAAGGUGAAGUGGUGUACGGUCACUCAUUUCAUUCGAGCGACAUCCACCUACACGCGGGUAACAGCCAACCCACCCACUGUCUCGUGUAAGCACAACGACUGAACAGCGGAGGGUCACAUUACGUCACAGGACCUACUUGCCUUGAGUCAACGGUCUGACGGCGAUCUCGACAGAGGUACGUCUGCCGUCCUGCUCGACUGUGACUUGGGUCCACGUCUUUCAGGUGUGAAAAGAAGACGAUAAGACAUGAAGAAAACAGAACUUCACCUUAUCGCUUGGUUUAUCGUCACAGGAUUCGUAUGUUUCACAGGUGGCCUACGGUGUAUUCAGUGCGUGGAUCAGAAGGAGGGUCAGCCUUGCCAGAGUGACUACAUGAAGCUGGUCAACGCCACCAAGGGUCUGGGCCAUGAAUACUUGGUCAAGAACUGCAGCGAGGAGUAUAACCAGACUUUCUGUAUGAUCGAAACAUACUACAGUGGAGGGGAAGUGAAGAGCUUCAUGCGGGACUGCAGCGACGGGAAGACUUUCUCGUUCACCGACGAAGUGAAAUUCCCUCGUCUGCUGCAGGUGAAAGGUGACAACUUCACGACCUGCAGCUACCGCCUGACAGCCAACUUCCACGUGUGUCUGUCUCUGUGCGAAUCAGACUUCUGCAACGCACCGCGAGCUCCACCACCCAACGAAACAUGCAACGGCACCGACAACGCCACCUGCAGCGCUCGCAGCCUCGUCCUGGGCUUCCUUCCCGGCGUGCCUCUCUUCAGUCACGUGUUUGUCCUUCCGCUUUUGGCUUUUGCGUUGUCUUUGCUGGUCGUGAACUAGCCGACUCGAGCAAAUCAGUGACAUCGGAGACUUGUUUUACAUGCUGUGUUUUUAAUUUAAAUGAAAUACAUUUCUGUACUGUGAAUGUGCUGCCCGUGUCUCCAUGUCAUGCUGCACUGUCAUGUCGUGGCCAUUUUUGUCUUUUAGCCAUGUCUUCACUUGGAGAGGAUUUAGCAGACGACAAGGCACAGCAAACAGAGUGUUUCAAUCAAAAUUAGUCUCUUUGGCAUCAAGAUAUCAUUUGAGAGAGAGGCACUGGUCCUGGUGGCAGGUACUUCUGGGUGACGGGCACAAGAAUUUUCUAUUUUCGGAUAUUUAGUUCUCACAACGUAUCGUAGAGAAGUUUCAUCAACAUCAAUUGCAUGGAACUCUUUCGCUCCCUAUAUCUCUCUCUUAGAGAGAUCAUCAUUAUCAUCACCCUCCUCAUCAUACACGUAUGAGCAAGCGUGCAAAUAUUACAGUAAUUAAAACAGAUUGGAACUGGAACCAUCUGGAAGGUAAGAUCAUGAACGUUGUACUCACCGUGAGUAUUGUUUGCAAGAAGCGAAUCAGGAUGUUUACAAAUAAUCAUCAACAGACUUGUGUGUUCACUGCAUUUUAACUGUGUGAUAUAACUCCGUAAAAUGUCCGUGAAAAAAGACAGACCUUUACACUUAAGUUAGGGAUGUGGAAUCUUUUUUCUCCAAGAGCCAUUUGGAUAUUUAUAACAUCAUUCGCGGGAUAUACAAAGAUUAUGAACUUUAAAAAAAUAGCCUGCUAUAUUUGGUCGAGCCAUAGCUUUUUCCACAGUGUGUUAAUAUGUACACUCACACCCUGCCUGUUACUGACUGACUGUCCCUACAAUACAGGCCGACGAGAAGCAGAUGUGUCUGUCCCGCCAUAUUCUCGUAUGUGUUCUGUCUUCCCCGCCAUGUAUGUUUUGUCUAUCCUGCAAUGGACGUUCCUUGCUUGUCCCUCAACAUGUACAUUAUUGUUAUGAAUCACUAUAUAUCAAUGUAUGCUGAUAUGAAAAAGGCUCAGAUUAACUGAAUUUCAAGUCCUACCUGAGGCUGCCUUCGACAGACCAAACGCCGAAGGUUCCCCACCCCUGACUUAAGUCAACGUGUCUAAUCAUCGUUUGGAACAAACUGAGGUUAAUCAGUGUAUAAGUAUAUUCAUGCAGUCAGUUUUUGUGUCGUUGUUGUUUGUUUUUACUUUUGCUCACUAGUCUUCCUUUCCUGACAUUUGUUUUUGGUUUUCUUCUGUCUUUCACAGCUAAUCAAAGGUCUCAUUUUAUAACUUCAUGAAAGAUUUUUGCCCUAAGUUCUUAAGAUCACAGAUAACUGAGUGGAUAGAGCUCUGACGUAGUUCCGGUAUGGCGCAGCAGACUUGACCCAGUUGUCGGGAAGAGUUACCUGACUCCGAGUAGAGGGAUGGGGAAAGACAAUGAAGCUAGAGGGAAAACUGGUUGUUUCUGCAUUCGUUUUGUUAAACUACUUACUUUGUUUGUUGUUUUUUGUUUUGUUUUUUUUUUUUUUUUGGGGGGGGGUAUUUGUUGGUUUUUUUUUUUUUUUUUUUUUUUUUUUUGCUUUGUUUUAUUUCGUGGGGUUUUUUUUUUCUUUUUUUCUUGUUGUUGUUGGUUUCAGUCUUCUUUGAAGUGUUGUCAGGUAGAAGUACUAAUUCCACAAUCCCUACCACUGACAUAACUUCGUCUGCUGUAGCUUCUAAGUGAAACUGUAAACUGUACGUACGUAAUACUGAUACUAGUGCCAUCCGUUCUGAACUACAAGCAUAUUUUUUUGCCGACUAUUCGCAAAGUGCUGUGGUAUUUUUUCGUGUUAUCUUUUUAAACAAAAAAUAAACUCUUCCAUGUUCAAUAAA